AUGGCUCCUUCCGCAGUUGAGACUAUCACCGUCCCGGUGUCCGAGGCACCGGUGCUGAAGUUGCACUCUACCCAGAGCGGCACGGGUGACUACAAGGAACUAUCUACACGAGGCUUUGACAAGGAAUCGGAAGCAGGCAAGAAGGGAUGGCAAGCUGCUAAGUAUCCGAACUAUUUGCCGACAUGGAACCCGAACCAGAAAUACGCCCCUCUACAGCCGUUCGAGCACUACGAGCACGGCAAGGAUGCCGACACAUCGUACCCUGACCUUCUGCCCGCGGAAUCAAAGGUCACUGAUCUCACACCCACCAUCGGAAGUGAGGUACGCGGUGUCCAGCUAAGCAAGUUGACAAAGGAGGGCAAGGACCAGCUAGCCCGUUAUGUGGCCGAGCGCAAGGUCGUCGCUUUCCGUGAGCAGGACUUCGCCGAUCUCAACAUCCAGGACGCGCUCGACUUCGGAGGUUACUUUGGCCGUCACCACAUCCAUCCAACCUCUGGCUCUCCUGAAGGCCACCCUGAGAUCCAUCUCGUUCAUCGUGCUGCCGGUGACAAGUCAGCCGAUGAGUUCUUUGCCAGCCGUACUAGCUCGGUUGCAUGGCACUCUGAUGUAAGCUACGAGCAACAGCCUCCGGGAACCACUUUCCUAUACAUCCUGGACAAGCCGGAGACCGGCGGCGAUACCUUGUUUGUCAACGCCGCGGAGGCAUAUAACAGGCUCAGCCCCCUGUUCCAGGAGCGACUUCACGGACUCAAGGCGGUCCACUCUGGAAUCGAGCAGGUCAACGCAUCGGUGGCCAAGGGUAGCAUCAAGCGCCGAGAGCCGGUUUUCAAUGCUCACCCAAUUGUCCGCACUCAUCCCGCGACAGGGGAGAAGGCCCUGUACAUCAACCCGCAGUUCACCCGUGAAAUUGUUGGCUUGAAGAAGGAGGAGUCCGAUGCCCUCCUGAAGUUCCUGUAUGACCAUUUGGCAUUCGGUGCCGACUUCCAGGCCAGAGUGAAGUGGGAGGAGGGUACUGUGGUCGUUUGGGACAACCGAGUAACUCAGCACUCUGCCCUCAUCGACUGGAAGAGCGGGCAGAGGCGACAUCUAGCAAGAAUUACUCCUCAAGCCGAACGUCCGUACGAGACGCCGUUCAAGGCUUAG